CUUCUCCAACGACCCAAAGACCCAAAGACCGACUCGAUGGUGAGAUCUCGCCCGUAAUGAGUGAGGGAAUAGAAUAGCACAUACCUAUGACUACCUACCUAACUAACUAAAACACCUACCUAGGUAACUACAUAGGCAAGUAAUAACUACCUACCUACCUAGUAAUAUAUAUAACAAGUGCUGCAGUUGUAGAUAUCUGAUGAGACGACGGACAAGUCAAGUCAAAGCCUCUCCCGUUUCAAGAUGGAACUCCGAAACAAGCGUCUUUCUCUCGGCUGCAGCUGGCUCGCACUCGUUCCUGAGCACGAGCCAGGCGUUCAAAAUGCUUCAAAAUGCCUUUCCCAUUUUCAACGCUGCAGGGGUUUUAUUAUUGUCAUUCCAAUACAGGGAAUGGCAUACAGUAUAUUAUCACUAUGGAUCACUGUGAUUAUAUAAUACAGGGAGAGUAUACAGUAUGGUUUUAUUACUAUUGUUAUUAUUACAAUAUACCUAGGUAGGGAAUGGCAUGCAGUAUACAAUACAGC